CGCAGGAGCGAGCAUCGGGGACGGUUAGGUGUGCGUUCAGUGUCUUUUUUUGUUUGCGAGGAAUUCUUGCCUCGUUGAGCAGACGAGAAGAAUAUUUGUUAGGGGAGAAGAAUAUUCGCUGCCGUGCUUCCGCGUGUGUACGUGCCCAAAAAAUGUAAUAUGGCGAUGGUCGCGUCAAACAUGAGCGGCCACAUACAGAAGCAGCUCACCAGAAGCCUCGAGCGAAUCCUGGAGGAAGCGCACUUGAGUGGCGAACUCAAGCUCAGCGGCCGGAAGCUUAAGGACUUCCCGAAAGUCGGCAAAACUGGAUCCAGCAAGUACAAUCUGCAGGACACAGUCUUCGCCGAUUUGUCGAAGAACCGUUUCGCGGAGCUGCCCGAGGAGGUCACCGAGUUCCCGUUCCUCGAGAAGCUGCACCUCUACCACAAUGCCAUAAGAAUAAUACCGGAGACGGUGUCGUUGCUCCAGUCGCUGAACUACCUCGAUCUUAGCCGGAACCAAUUGACGUCGCUACCUCGGGAGAUAUGCAGGCUACCGUUGCAAACGUUGCUGGUCGCACACAAUAGAUUAGCGUCGCUUCCGGACGAAUUGGGCAGAAUGUCGGCGUUGGCCGAGCUCGACGCCGGUUGCAACGAGAUCACGAGCUUGCCGCCUCGGAUGGGCGAUCUCGCGAGGCUCAGGUCGCUGGACCUCAGGAGCAACAUGCUCGUGCACCUGCCUAUUGAACUGACGUACCUGAGAUUGGUGAAGCUGGAUAUCAGCGGUAACCGGAUAUCCGUGCUUCCGAACGAGAUGAGGAAGAUGAAGAGCCUAGUGGACUUUCGGCUAUCGGACAACCCUUUAACCUCGCCGCCUGCCUCGCUAUGCAUUCGCGGGCGAACGCACAUCUUCAAGUAUCUGGAGAGACAGGCGGCGAAGCACGAGAGGGCUAGAGGCGGUCGCGGGAGGAGGACACCUUUGGACGUUAGAGGACACGCGACCUUGGACACGAGGUCUCACAGACGGCACAACGUCGACAGUGGUUACAGCACCAGCGACGGCGUCGACAAACGCUGGUCCCAAGAAAUUCACAGCGCGGUGCACGACGGCGAGAUUCGAGGUCUGUGGCGGCAAGAAUGCUCGCCGCUUUCGAUCACUCUGCCGCAUGAGCACGCGGUGGUGAACGGAUCGUGUAGCGGGACCUCAACGCCGAGCACCAUCUCACCUGGCGAGCACACGUCUCUCGAGGAUGAACUCGGCAAGGCGAUGAUACUGCACGAUCAAUUGGAGAAGAGGAGACUGGAGAGAAGCACCUCGGAGAAUGGCGCGGACGUCAGGAGACCGAUGACCUCUGGCCUCUACCACGCGUCAAUUACGCCGCCGGGGCCUCUCGAGACCUCCCAUCUCAGCCAGGCCCAGUCGAUCACGACGAACACGCAGCCGGUUACGCCUCUGCAGAACUCUACCCCGGCCUCUACCUCGUUGCUGAACGGGGACGAGAAGAGGCCUCUGAACCACAUCCAAACUUACAGGGAGUACAAAGAAGCCCUGCGACAACAAAGGGCCAGCGAGGGGCCCAGCGUGUACAGACCCCGUGAGCAGGUUACGCCACCCGGAAACGAAUCUCAGAGCAACGAGACUGACUCGAGCAAUAACAAGGAAGCGGUCGCUUUAACCGGUAAACAGAUCUUCAACGAGGAGAACGCUACCAAGAGACCGGUGCAGAAGGUGACGCCGUCGCGCAUCAACUAUCAAAACACGCCAAUCAUCAACGGCAGCAAUAACGAGUACAACAACAAGAAUGGAAAGUACCUGGAGCAACCGUACAAGAAGCCUAACUCGCCCAUCAAGACCUCGACGAGCAUCCUGUCUUCGGGCACUAGCCCUGGACACACCCCAAGACUAGUCAAGACUGCCGUCGGUUACGUGGAAGGUAACAAGAGUCCCAGCAGAAACGGAGGAAGUCCGAAAUCUCCUCGGUCGGUCACCUGGAACAGCAACGUGCCGGAGAAGUACUCGUUCACCAUGAGAAGGGAGUUCGAGCGUGCCAAGGAAGAGGCUGACUUGAUAGAGCAGCUCAGAAACCAUAUAGAGACAAGGUUGAAGAUGGCGUUGCCGGAGGAUCUAGCCCCGGCGCUAACGGACGGAGUGGUCCUCUGCCAUCUGGCGAAUCACGUGAGACCCCGAUCGGUCGCCAGCAUCCACGUUCCUUCGCCCGCAGUGCCCAAGCUGACGAUGGCCAGAUGCAGACGCAACGUGGACAACUUCCUGGAGGCGUGCCGCAAGAUCGGCGUAGACGAGGAGGUGUUAUUGGACGCGGACGCAAUCAUGGACGUGGGUUACAUGGACGCGUACGGGCUGGAGGCUCUGGCGCGUCUCGUCUCCGCUCUCCUCCUCCUCCGCGACGAACGAGCGAACGAUGCCGAAGAGUCGGCCGCAGGUUCACCCCGUACGAUUCAGGACCGCGUUCUGUCCGCGAUGCUUUUCGCCGCAUUCCUCUCCACCCUCGUUCUGCUCUAUCUAUUCCCGAUCCCCGACUAAGCCCGCGAACAGAGAAGAGCGACGGAAGACGAGAACGCCAGAGCGCGAAACGACGGAUCGACGCUCGGAGGAUAGAGCACGAUCGAAGAUGGGAUUAAACGUCCGACGCGCGUCGAGCUCGGGUUUUCGUUCGUUCGACGAGCCAUCGUCGCCGAGCCGUCGAGUCGCUCGAUCAGACUGCCGCGCGAUACUCUCCCUGCCUCGUUCGCACCAUUUUAGCACCUUUAGAGCAAGGCUCAGUAUUUCUAGUUCUAUCCUUGUUCUCCAUUCCUCUUUGGUUUCUUGUUCGCGUCCGUUCGCUUCGCCGAGCAGAGGACCGAGUGUCGCGCAGAAGUACCCGCUGACAUCGAUGCCGACAAUCGGCGAGCCCUUAUUCCGACCCUCGGUGACAUUUUCCAGGACUUUCGAGCACUGGAACGCUUACGUCCGUUCGUAUACGCCAAACUGCUAAGCAUUUUUACUUUGAAAAUCGCCCGAAGCAACGCGCAUCAAUUAAUCAUGACACCGCGAUCCGAGGGGACGAAUCGGGGAUGAAAAAAUCGGCGAUCAUCGGCAACUCUUCGCAUCGUGGUCGAAAGUGUCUCGUUCUCCUGGCUCAGGCAUGGGUUACAUAGUUACUCCGAGAGCAACGAAGUCGUGCAUGCCUAUUCGGGGCUUAAAGGCUUACUGUGCCCACUUGUGAACAUGCCACUACUAUUUAAUCGAUUACAGACGAUCUCCCGUCGAAUUCUCCGUAAAGUCCGUACCUUCUGAAUCGCCCAUGCCUGGGCCCUUUCGCCCAACGAACCGCUACCGCGAAUCGAGGCACAUCGAUCGAACGGUGAGCCGCUAGCUUCGCUUGUGAACUCCCGGUUUGCUGGUUUGUUCGGUGAUCCAUCUAUCCGCGCGUAAAGUCGCUGUUUCGACAUAGAUGCCUCGAGGCCGCCGCGCCGGCGCCCAAGUACUACUCGAUAGACCCUAAGUUGUGUCAGCAGGCAGCUUGAUCAUACAUUUAGCCCGCCUAGUUGUAGAAACCGCUACGUAGUGCGUAGGAUAGAUAAGUGUAUCUCUUCGAUAAGACCUCCGACCGGGGUCUCCGUGUCCUGCUCUUUGACGCGGGCCCCGGUCAGUUUUCGCGACGAACAAUAACAGAAUCAAAGAACGCAAAGAAAUCAAAGCCGCUGAACGCUCUUGUAUCGGAUCGAACUUGAAAUUGUUGAACGAUCGGUCGCUACAGUCGAACGGGGACUGUGCCGUCGUAUCUCGAGAUAAUAGUAUUUUUCCUAUACGAAAAGAAAACGGCGGAACCGGGUGGUCCAUCAUGCGAUCGUCGAAAAUUUUCACGCGCCGUUUUCAAUCAUUAAAUCAUUGUUGACGAAUCUCUCGCGAUCCGGACACACGAAUGGCAGAACAAUCGAAUGGAAUUCACCGGUAGAAAGUACACCCGCGGCGUGGGACCGUCGACCGGACGGUCCGGUUCAAGCAGACAAAUGAGAGAAUGAUAUGGAUGGUAGUAUUUUUUUAAACACGUUUCGACCAAAUGAAAUCGCCUACGGCUCUUUCAGAAUUGAUGGGUCUGUGAUAGGUAGCCUUCGAGUACUACAGAAUUCGCAACAAGGUGCUAGAAAUCUCUUUCUGUUUCGAGGAUUUCCUAUUUUGGUACGUAGAUGUUUAACGCACACUCGGACUUCGGACGGUCUCUUCGUUCCAGCGUUGUCUCCUUGGUUCGCGCGGGAGGCGCGUCGAUCCAGAUUCGGGUCCCUCGAGGCUAAAACAAAGGGAUCCUCGAACCGACGCCAGUCACCGCAACUGUGACCGCAAUUCUAGUUGACGGAAUUCGGAAAAGACGCGAUCCACGAAUUAACCACUUGCGCUGGCAAAAAAUUAACCGUAGCGUGUACCAGAACGGUCCAGUGUAACUCGCUGGAAGGAGUCACAAAGUGUUCGAUGCGUCAGAGAAAUCGAAAAAAGAUUUAUAUUUUCUAAAUUAAUUUAUUUUCGAUCUAGGACUUUUUUAAUAGUUUUUUUCUACGCUACGCAGUGCGAUGAUAAUCUUUGCUCUGGCAAACAAUCCCACCCGACGUGCCAUGCGCGUUUCUGUGACAAUCGCAUCACGUCGUUGGCAAUUCUGUGACAAAAGCAUUACGACGUGCGUGGCACGUCUUACCAGCGCAAGUGGUUAAAUUUCCAUUCUUCUCGAUCCGAUUCUGCAGACAUUAACAAAAUGAUCGGUGGAACUCCGAAAUUUAAUCAAACUCAAGAUCUCUGAUUUUACGUGUCUAGGCUCGCAGAUAUUCGGCGUCGAUUCAUGGGAUCCCCGAGCCUUCUGUUUUUCCUCUGUUUCUCCCCGGUCCGUUCAGUUUCGGAACGGCAACGAACGACAGCAUUCACAUCACUUCACCGGCCAAGCAAUUCGGUCGUAGCCUAAGAUGUUCUACAUAUUUUCAUAUAAACGCGCGAGUAUGAAGGAAAAGAGCGGGACAAAGUACGUGUAUCGUAUAGAGGUUUAGAGAGCGUGCACGCGUAUAUCGUAUUCUACGUCUAAUAUAUUCAUACGGUAAGGGACAACUGUGUCUACGUUGGUAAGGAUUUUCGCGGGGACGAGUCUUCGAGUCGCGAGAAACAUUUGCUUCCGGAUUACGUUCGUAUUUCAGAAUUUCAGACGCAGCGUGGUUCGCGGCCAGAGUUGGACCAACGAAUCGAUUUGCCAUUUUCCGUGCAGAACAUUUCGGUACGAACACGUCAAACGCAAAAGUGAUCCUUCCGUUGAAGACGCGCGUUCUUUUCGAACGAAAGAUAAAAGAAUUUUCCCAACUCUGGCUCACGCAAUCAAUAACGCUCGGACCUUAACGCUAGAACUACCAAAUCGGUCAAAAUGACCGGUUUCUGAUUUUGUCUUUCACAAAACUGCUGAUACCAUAAAAAUGUUUUCGUUACGAAUUUUUAAAGGAGUUUCGUAUAAUUUAAGCACAUAUUAUAAUUAAAGUCCUAGGAAGUUUGAAUAAAUUCAAUCUUGUCAUUGUUGCAAAACAAUAUAAAUUAGUCGGGGCUCGGUGGUUCUAGCGUUAACUGCGGCUGCCGAUUUGUUGUCGCCAGUCUGCCGUUUCACGUAAAUAUAUCUGGCAAUUUUAGAAGUUCACCCGAGCUUCUCUGCGUUGUCUCUCUUGCUUCCACGUGCGACAGAAAACGCGAGAAAUUGGCAGCGCGGUGAUCGCAAAUCGGUCGCCGCAGAACGGUCACGACACGUUUCACGAAGGUACAGUGCCAAACGCCUGCCCAAUUCUCUCCGAGGAACACGCACAAAGGAGUUUCCCCGUGAAACGAACGGCUUUUCUCAUUACGGUCUACGGACAGCUAGGCUCGCAGCCAGUUUCUCCAAAGCGUAUCAUUAUCGUUUUUAUACGAAUCUCGUUGUAUCCCGAGUUUAUGGUAAACGUACGUGUAUUCGCUGUCGAGAUAACGAGCGCACCAACUUAUGGUCGCUCACUGCGGUGAGCUAUAUCUUCCAAGGAAUCCCAAGCACCGCGCCGCUUCGAAUCGAGAUAAGUUCCAUUUCCGCUGCGUACACGCGUUUCGCGUCGAUCGCCGACAAAAUCGUUGGUCCGCUUCUAGUCCUCGGUAUUACUUCUAUAAUCGUAAGUGUUACUAAUCCCCGGUUCUAGUCAGCUCUUUUAUAGUUUCCUUCUUAUUUCCCGCUUAUGAGGGGGCGCGUUCCGUUCCACGUCGACUUUGGGAUUUUUUCCCCCAUGAAACCGCGGAACCUUCUUCCGCGGAACUUGGCACGGAACUUUCGUCCGUGUAUACAACGACGCUCGUAAAUUUCUCUACGAAAAGGAAUCAAAAUCAGAUGCGCCGCGCGCAGACGAUCAAGCGGAAGCAUCCGCGGCGGACGAUUUCACCGGCACCAAAAAUCCGAAAUCCAAAAGUCGUCGCAACUUUCAGAAUUUUUGACAUUUUUUGGACAUCAUUGCAGAGACGAAUCUUAGACAUUUCAUUGUUUUAGAUGACGCCGGAAAACGUCGAUCCGGAUAUACCCUCUCGAGUCGUGUUAACACGGUUUACGUCGACGCUUAAUUAGCCGGUUACUUAAUCUCGUUUUUUUUUUAGUUCGUCUAUGUUCCUCGUCUCUUCCGCUUACUUCCGUCGAAUCGACGUCGUCGUUUAAUCGACUGUUUCGAGCGCUGACGGGUUCCCGUGGUUUCCCCAAUCAGUAUUACUUCGAUCAGGAUCGAAGAAGACGCGUCAGCGCAUCGUAUCGAAUCGCAACCGUAAGACUGGAUCUACACGAUAAUUUAUCAUUCGUCUAUCUUGACGACGUUCUUCGCUGCAACAACUGCCGCGGCUCUGGUCUUUCCUUUUGUUUUUUUUGUUUUGUUUUUUUUUAAAUUAUUAUUCCUCUAUCCGACGAUUAGUUUGUCGCUUCCGUUUAGAGGCUGCAUCGUCGAUUCUACUCUCGUUGCAAUGAUAGUAGAUGAGACGCGUGAUAACGAGACCGAACAGAACAAAAUCAUUCCGUUGCAUUAGCUUGUAUAAUUGUAUAAUUUUUGUAAAGAUCUGAAAGGCACAACGAGUGAAUGAACGCGCGUGUGAAUGAGAGAGUAAAUAGUGCGUAUAUAUACACAUAUUAUUAUUAUUAUUAUUAUUAUUAUUAUUAUUAUUAUUAUUAUUAUUAUAUAUCAUACUUUAUUGUAUGAACACAGAUAUAUGGUACGUUGAAGCUACAUCCCUCUUUGGACAUAUUUUUGUUUCUCAAAUUGUACUUAAUCGAAUUAACGAGCUUGAAUCGAUCGCUCUCAAAAAAAUCGGUGCUUCGUUUAUUUUUAUCUUGUUGUCUUUUUUUUGUCAGCUUAAGCUUUUUUCUACGAUCGUCGAGAUAGGAAAGCUUUUCUUCCUAUUCGAUUUGCGUUCCACCGAUCGAUCGUCAAUCAGAUCCAUCGAUCGAUCCGUGGAAACGAAUUACAAUAUUUUGCCUCUAGAAAUGGCCAUCGUUGGGUUGCCGAACGAGUUCGCGGAUUUCGCCAAUGGCCUAAUCGAAGCUUGGAUCUAAUCCUUGACCGCCGAGGUGGACUCUGAGCCAACUUCUUCAUCCCACAAAUUCGACAUUCUAAGCGUUCGCGUCAAUUUCGAUUGCACCGAUGUGCACUUUAUUUGCGUUAACUGGACCGAACCGCAGAUCUAAAUGGAAAAUAAUAUCUUUUUCUACUUUCAUCGAUUCCGAAGAAUGUAACAGUGUGUGUCGUUUUUACACGAUAUUCCAUAGUCCUUCAGACUCCACGUCGACGUUGAGGAUUGAUCGGGAAGCGUUAGUAUUAAUUGCGACACCCCAUGUCCCUCGUUCAUAUCAUUUUAUAAAACGAUUCCACGGCGAACCGCGAACUCGUUCGCGCCCAAUCUCUGAACCGCGACGCACAAUGAGAAUUUACAACUGCCAGACCUAAAUAUCUACGAAUCGCGACCGGUCAGACUAUUCCGAUCGGUCCCGAGCAAUCACAUUGGUCGUUGGAAAGCAUUUUGCAUUCGAGAAACGUACUCUGUAACAUCGAUUGUACGACUAACCGAUAACGAUUGUAACACUAUUUCCACUGAUAAUAAAAUAUUCUUUUGGUAAAAUUGA